UCUCUUUCUUUUCCCUCUCUUUCCCUCUCUUAUUCCAGCCUUUCGCUUGUCUUCUCUUUCUUUCUAUCUUCUCUUUCUGCCACUUUUUUUCUAUUCUUUUUUUCGUCUCUUCAUUUUCUCGUUUUAAUUGUUAAAAAUUCAAUUUAUUUAUUGUCCUUUAUUAAUUUGAAUACCAUGAUGAGUGGAUUUACACCUUUAGGAAUCAAUCAAUCUAAAUAAUAUUAACGGCUUGUGUAUAUAACCGGCAAUCUACGUACAGAUAUAUACGGAAAGUCCUCAUUUUGAUCUCACCAGCCAUCUUCAACAUUUACAAUUCCAUUUCAUUAUUGGCCUGUUCAUCAGGUUUUCUUGUUUAAUUUUGUUGGAAACUUAAUCAACUCUAAAGUGAUCAUAAAAACCAUACAAUUGGCUCUUUCCAUUAUCCAGCUGAUAUCAGCUUUAAAAUUGAUUUGUAAAAUACUUAGUAAUUAUUCUGCUGUUAAUACAAAUCAGAAUCACUCCAAGUGUAUAAAUUAUCCAUUUUUGUUUGUUGACCAAUUUUUUGACCCUGACCUCUGCCGAGGUGUGUUACUAGUUUCUAAGGUUUUGUGAAAGAUGGUUCAAAUGGAAGAAAAAACAGAAACUACAGAUAGAGCUGAAAAGGCUGAGAAGCCCGAUAAGCCUAAGAAACAACCUAAAGAGGUUAAAAUUGAAGAGACAGAUAUUCCGGACGAAGAAACCGGUUUUCCUGGUUGCAUGAGAGGCCAUGUUAUUCGGGGUAAAUUCAUACCGAUAAAUAAGAAAACAUGGAUCGACAUCGAUAUUGAUGGCAACGAUGCUAUCUUGGACUGCGCCUCUCAAGUGGUACCGUUGAUGAUUAAAAAGCCUAAUAUUUUUCCGCCCAAAUUGGCUGAACCCGAGGUUGUCAAAGGGCCCAGUGUUGCAGAAGAAGAGGAAAAGGAAGAUGAAAUCAAAGAGGAAGAGAUUGAAGACACUGAGAAAAGUAAAGACGAAAAGAAAGAUGAAACUGAAGAAGUGGUCAUCGAAUCAGACAAUGAAGAAAAAAAUGAGUCUCAACAGUCAACAUCUACCACUGCAGUUGGAGCAAAUCAACAAACACAGCCUGGUCAACAAUCAACUCAAGCAGGACAAAGUAACAACCAGCAAGAGACCAAUAAUUUAACGAUGCUCACUAUUUCAGAUUAUUAUAAAUCUUCAGUUGGAAAUUUAUUAAUGGGUAUCGGUUUGAGCCGAUCCAAAGAGUGGUACCAUAAAGAUGUUAUUAGACAAUUACACAGAUCGAUUAGAAAACAAGGAGAACUUGAUGAUCUCGUGGAAGAAUUGAAGAGACAACAACAAUUAUAUAAUGAGUGUAAAGCUGCUAACAGUAUAUUCACUUUCCCAUUGAAAAAGUGUCAUAUGUGUGAUUUUAAAACUGAAUCUGAUGUUGCAAUGGAAGGACAUCUUAAUAUACCACAUUUAAGUAACAGAAAAGAAUACAGAUGUAAUUUUUGUGUUUUUGCGACCCGUGAUACACAGUCAAUUGUGUCUCACUUUAAGGAUACUCAUAAUCGUUCGUGCAUCUUAGAACCACCACCACUGUUAAACUCUUGUCCUAUCUGUCCCUAUGAAUCGAGUCAAAAAGCUAAAGCCGCUACUCACAUAGCUAAAUGUAUGAAAUUUUUCCAUCCUGACAAGGUUCAACAUCUCCCCGAUCCUGAAUCCGAGUAUCCUGCAAUAACUCCUAAACCCAUCACCCAAGAGGAUAUUAAAGUUUAUGAUGCUACUUUGAUAGCUUUGAGAGCAGCAGCUCUUUCAUCUAAUACCCAAUUACCAAAUUUACCUGGCCUACCGAGAGGUCUUCAACACCAAAUGCUAAUGAUGCAGCAACAACAAGUGGCACUUCAAAGCAAAGCUAUGAAAGCCAACAGAGUUAUUCCAGGAAUAAAGGCUAAUCCCGCAGCAUUACGAAACGCAGCUAAUUAUGAUAUUACAUCAAAUCCUAAUUUUGCUAAAUCUAAUGCUCCUCAAUUGUAUCAUAUGUUACAAGCCGGUGGUCACACUCAAUUGGUACCUGUACAGCAAAGCAAAUAUCCACAAGGAGUUAACUCAACCACCCAUUUACAGGCAGUCAAAGGUCGAGUUAUACCUGGCUCGGGUGGCGCAUUGUUACAAAAAAGUCCAGCCGGUAUGAGGCCUAAUAGUACAGAUAGUAUUGAUUCUCCGGCUGGUGGUAAAGGAGGAACUUUUGUAAUUUGUGAGAUUUGUGAUGGAUAUAUCAAAGAUCUGGAGCAACUAAGAACUCAUAUGCAGUGGAUACAUAAAGUUAAAAUUCAUCCAAAGAUGUUGGCAAGUCGCCCUCCGCUUAACUGUCAAAAAUGUCAAUGGAGAUUCUUUACAGACCAAGGAUUAGAAAGGCAUUUGCUAGGAGCUCAUGGAUUAGUUACAUCGAACAUGCAAGACAUGGUUGAUCAAAAUCAAGAUGGUGGUCGAUGCACCAUCUGUGGCCGUAUAUCUGCCAACAAACUAGUGGCUCAUAUGAACCAGGUACACAAGAUCACUUUAAGGCCUGCUUUACUAUCCUACAAGUGUACAGUAUGUUCAGCGACCUUCAACUUAUAUCGAUUAUUUGAAAACCAUGUCUACAUGGUUCACAGUGGAUCAGUUAAAAGGAAUCUUGAAGAUUCUAACCAAUCGCUAGUUAAGAAACAAAAAACUGGAAUUAAUGGAUCCGAAUGUCAUAUGAAAAAUUAAUUAAAUAAUUUCUCAUUUCCUUUAAAUUUCACUAUUCCUUUAUCGCUUUCUUUCUCUCUAUUUCUCGUCUCUUCGCUCUUGUCUCUCACAAACUCACAACAUACAUACAAAACACAUUUUCUACCCACCUUUCACCCUAAUUUGUCUCAAAUUGUCCCUUUCCACACACAUUCACAUUAAAUGACAAACCGAUAUUUAUAUAUAACAUAAAAUAACACAAAAGUCUCGUUUAUAUUACUCGUUUAUAAUAAUUACUUAUUUUUACA